UAUUUCACAAUGCCUUCAGCAACCACCACGAAGACUGCCUCGGCUGGCACGAAAAGGAAGUCAGCUCCUGUCAAGAAUGUACACGUCAAAGAGAGCAAGAAGCCGAAAAUUGACGUUGCGGUCAGGCCCGCACUAAAGAAAGGAAAGCCAGCCCCUGUGAAGAAGAUCGAAGAUUCGAGUGACGACGACUCUGAUGAUUCGGACUCGGACGGAGGGGUUCCUCUUGGUUAUCAAUUCAAGAAGAGUGGUUCGGACCAGGAAGAAGGCGAGGACGAGGAAUCAAGUGACUUCGAGGAGCUUCCAAAGGCUGCUGACGGAUUGCACCCAGACAGAGCAAAAGCUGUGGUAACAAAUAGCCAAUCAUCUCGCGAGGCACAUGCAAAGCAAAAGGCCCUGGCGCAAGAACGAAAGGCAGCGAAACCAUUAGCUGACGAACUGGCCCGAACGAAGAAGAUUUGGGAACGUCUGCGUCGGAAAUCCCACGUUCCACUCGAAGAGCGAAAACAAUUGGUUGGCGAACUGUUCGAGAUCAUCACUGGUAAGAUCAAGGAUUAUGUUCUCAAGCACGACAGUGUUCGAGUUAUUCAGACCGCCAUCAAAUAUGCCAAUGCAGAGCAGAGGAAGUUAAUCGCGAAGGAACUCGCUGGAUCAUACCGCCAACUCGCAGAAAGCAGAUACGCCAAGUUCUUAAUCGGGAAGCUAUUGGUACAGAAUGACGACGAGAUCAGAGAUAUAAUCCUACCGGAGUUCUUUGGCCAUGUUCGCAGACUCAUCAAACACCCAGAGGCUUCCUGGAUUCUCGACGAUGUCUACCGAGGAGUGGCUACGCGACACCAAAAGGCGACCAUACUUCGAGAGUGGUAUGGCGCAGAGUUCGCAUUGUUCCAGAAAGACAAGUCCGAGAAGAUCACUGGAGACCUUGCUGACAUUCUCGCUGUGGAUGCCGGAAAGCGAGGUCCGAUUAUGCGAUCUCUCCAGGAACUCAUCAAUCAGCUCAUCCAGAAGAAGAUGACUGGCUUCACGCUCCUUCACGAUGCUAUGCUCCAGUACUUUCUCAACGCCAAACAAGGCACUGAAGAGGUUACUGAGUAUUUAGAGAUCAUCAAGGGUGAUGAGGAAGGUGAUUUACUCAAGAACUUAGCUUUUACAAGGUCUGGUUCGAGGGUGGUUUGCCUUGCUUUGGCUUACGGAACUGCCAAAGACCGAAAGCAAAUCCUUAAGACCUAUAAGGACACCUUACAGCUAAUGGCUGGCGAUCCAAAUGCUCAUAUUGUCAUCCUCACUGCCUUCGAGGUUAUCGACGAUACAGUGCUGACCGCGAAAUCCAUCUUCCCUGAAUUGCUCAGCAAGGAUAACGAUAAGCAAGUGGAAAACAUUGUAUUCUUUGCAAACGAUAUCAAUGCCCGUAUCACUUUGCUAUAUCUUUUCCAAGGACGAUCAAGAGCACUGUUCCCUGGAAGCCACUCAACCGAUCUCGAGAUCCUCGGGGAAGUUGACAAAGUCAGGUUCACGACUAGUAAGAAAGACCCCGAGAUCAGACGGAGCGAAUUGGUCAAGGCUCUGUCUCCAAUUCUUCUAAAGGCCAUCCCAGCCGCAGCAUCAGAACUAGCCUCGACGAGUUUCGGGCUUCAAUUCAUGACUGAAGUUCUUCUUGCUGCCGAAGGUGAUAAGACCGCGGCACUUGAGGCCAUAGCCAAGACCGCCGCUGGAGACCCAACAUACGUCCAACCCGGUGUUGCUGAGGGAGAACCUCAAAUCGAACCGCCGUCCCAUCUCGCCAGCACAUCUCACGGCGGUAAGAUGGUUAAAUCCCUCAUCGCAGGCGGCCGAUACGACGCCAAGACGAAGGCCGUCGUACCUGUGGAGCCUGCCCUCAAUUUCGCCGAUAUUCUGUACCCUAACAUUAAAGAUUAUAUCAUUGAGUGGGCUACAGGAUCAAGUUCUUUCGUUGUACUCGCUCUUCUCGAGUCACCUACCUUUUCACAGAAGGACGAGGUCUUGAAAGUUCUUAAGAAGAAUAAGACGAAACUGCAAAAGGCAGCGACGGAAGAGACCACGGAUCAGAAAGCGAGGAGGGAACUUGCGGCGAUUGAGAAGGAUUCAAAGGAUGUCAAAGGGAAGACCAAAAAGUCGAAACCAAUCAAGGAGAGGGAACUAGGGAAUAAGGGAUCAGCGCUUUUGUUGGCGAUGAUUUGAUGGGUGGUAGAUAGUUGUCAUGUUAGUCUCACACCCUGCCUAUCUGUCUAUCUGUAAUGAUACCCUUGGUCAUGACUUAUCUGAUCUGGUUGUUCUGUUUGUUUUUUUGUUUCAUUGUUAUCUCUGUUAAAUCCGCUUAUCCAGCUCCUUCUCACUACCAAAACUGUCCUGCCCAGUGGCAUAUCCUCUCCAACAACCACCCUGAGGAAGCUUUCGCUCUCAAUUCCUCCCUUCGACCACCAACGUGUACCAUUAUCUUACAAGUCCUCCGGGAUGCUAUUCCAUCCCGAGACGUCAGCUCUUCCCCUUUGUGUAUAUGCUUGAAACAAAUAUAUCUUACACAAAGACCGCCUCAGCAGGUAUUCAUAAAUGUUUUUCAUCUUCUCAACCAAGUUGGUGGUGGUGGCGGUGACGAUGACCCUCGUGCCCGUGUCAACAAGCUGGUGUAGGACGCCUUACUAUGUUCCGGGAUUCUGUUCUCCACCGGCAUCUCAAACAUAGGAAUGGUCUUGAAACCGAGAUCUCGAGACAAGGCGCGAGUGUGUUUCCUGUAGGACGGGCGAGGAGGGGUUGUGGGUGUGGUGUUGGUGUUGGUGUUGGUGAGCAUGUUGCCGGUUGGAAAGAGAACGUUUGUUAUUGGCUUAUUUCUUCAAGGUCGGUGUUGGCUGGUGUGUGCGGAAAGAGAUAUUGAGCAAGAGUUACAGGCAGGUUGUGAGACGAGAAAGAAUUGGGUGGUGAGUGAGUGAAUUGCUGGCCGGCAGGUAAUUAACGAGAGUAAGAUGGCAGAAGACCGACCAGCGGAAAGAAUGUAUUCAAAAAAGAACGAGAUCGACAAUUCCCAAAAAGUAGCGAGAAGUGGUAGAAGAAGGGAACAGAACAAGAUAAGUGGUUGGUGGACGCUGCUGUUUAUAUGACUUGUGUGAAGGAAUCUGAUAGACCCCUUGUUCUGCAUCGUUUGGGCCAAGGUUGUAAGCUCGUCCCGUCAGCUCAGCUAAUUAGGGUUGCACUAUUAAAUUUAAUGGGGGGGUCAUUAAAUUUAAUGC